AUGAAUACGACAGCAGGUGAGGCCCUUAAUUCUAAUAUAUACAGAGCCUGUAAUGGUGAAUACAAAAGAGGAGUUAUACUAAAUAGAGGGAAGCUUGUAAAUUCAUCUUCUCACAGAGUAAAAAUAAGAGGUCAAAAGAUUGAUCUAGUAAUAAACAAAGAUGCUGAAGAUAUAGAUGCCAUAUUUCAAAGUCGAGGCAUUUGUAUACCACCUGAUGAAAUUCUUGACUCGAUAAAGACCUCCAAUAUAAAAAUUCCCAUGAAGUUCAGAGACGAGUUUGCCGACGAUGUGCAGCUUCCAUCCUCAGACUUACUAAAAGUCUUACACUAUUAUGCGAGCAAAAAAAUUGGAUCUAGACCAGAAAAUCGUCGCUUCACAAAGUUUCUUGAUGAAUCAGCAUUACUAGGUCUUGGUAUGAUGGUAGAGCGAUACGUCGAGGACCUAGUGAGUGAGCAUGCAGCAAAUAUAUACUUGACAACAGCAGAAGGAGACAGUCAGGAUAAUAUAGAAGAACCAUCCAGCCAUUCAGAUUCGGAUGUGACCUCGAUCAUGGGAUCCGAUAUACUAUCGGACAAUGAUUGA